CUCCACCGUCUUCUUGGACCUUGCGAAAGAGAUCGGAGUGGGACAUGUGACUCUCCUGGGCCCCUGGAUCCCCCCAAAGCCUGAAGAUCCCAGUAGCCUUGGAGCAUGGCAAACCCAGAGCAUCCUGGGAGCCCUGGCUGGACAGGACCUAUAAAGCAAUGUACAACAAGGAACAGACAAGAAGCACCACCCUCAGGCCCAGGCCUCCCGUGCCCAGGACCAGAAGAACACUUAGAAGCUGAAGAUGGCCCCAGCUCCAACUCCAGCAUGACCACGAGGGAGCUACAAGAACACUGGCAGAAGGAGAAGAGCCGCUGGAGACACGUCAGGCUGCUCUUCGAGAUCGCCUCAGCCCGCAUCGAGGAAAGGAGAGUCUCCAAGUUUGUGAUGUAUCAGGUCGUGGUGAUCCAGACCGGGAGCUUCGACAGCGACAAGGCGGUGGUGGAACGGCGCUACUCGGACUUCGAGAGGCUGCAGAAGGCCCUGCUGAAGCGCUUCGGGCCGGAGCUGGAGGACGUGGCCUUCCCGCGGAAGCGCCUGACCGGGAACCUGUCGGCCGAGACCAUCUGCGAGCGGCGCCUGGAGCUCCGCGAGUACCUGCGGCUGCUGUACGCCGUGCGCGCCGUGCGCCGCUCGCGCGAGUUCGCCGACUUCCUCACGCGGCCCGAGCUGCGCGAGGCCUUCGGCUGCCUGCGCGCCGGCCAGUACGCGCGCGCGCUCGACCUGCUCGGCCGCGUGGUGCCGCUGCAGGAGAAGCUGACGGCGCACUGUCCCACGGCCGCCGUGCCCGCGCUCUGCGCCACGCUCGUGUGCCUGCGCGACCUGGAGCGGCCCGCCGAGGCCUUUGCGGUCGGCGAGCGCGCGCUGCAACGCCUGUGGGCGCGCGAGAGCCACCGCUACUACGCGCCGCUGCUGGACGCCAUGGUGCGCCUGGCCUAUGCGCUGGGCAAGGACUUCGCGUCGCUGCAGGGCAGGCUGGAUGACACCCAGCUUCGGAGGCCCACGCACAGGGGCUUCACCCUCAAGGAGCUCACGGUGCGAGAGUAUCUGUCCUGAGCCGGCCUGACAGGUGCCCUGGCAUCCAUCGCUGUACUAGCUCUCCGUCGCUGGCUGGCUGCUUGGUGUCUUCUUUUUUUUUUUUUUUUUUUUUUUUUAAG